AUUCCUGGUCAACAACACGCUUAGGAUAUCUCCAUUUUCGGAACCUCUUGGAAUUUAUCAGGGGAAAUUGACCAAUCAAGUCUUGGAUACCAAACGUGUUUCAAAAUGGCGAUGUCGGGCGGGGGUUUCAGAGACGAAGAAGAAAUUGACGAAAACUAUGUGACACAGAUACAGGCAUUAAUACGAGGACAUUUGACGAGGAGAAAUCUGCAACUUGUGAAAGAGGAAUAUGAACAGAUUUUUUCUGAAAUUGAAGGAAAUCAGAACAUUUUUGUAUGCUGGCCUCUUGACACUUUGUGUUUGCCAAAAAUACAAAAAGAUCGUCCAGCAAAGAAAGUGUCACAUAAAACAUUUAUAUUGGACAAUCACACACCACCAGGAAAGGACAAAACAUGCUUACAUGAGAAAAUUGUGUCCUCAGUUCAAGAUGAUAAUUUGGACCUUUCUAGUCAAAAGGAAAAUAUAUUUCAAGAAAAAUGCACUGCAGAAACUCAAACCAGUUUCAUCGAAGAUCUUAAUCUGAAACUGUCUCUUGGUUCUAGUCUUCUUUCACAAAACACAAACACAAGUGAUGAAGAACGGAGGACGCCAGUCCAAGAUAAUAUGUACACCUCAAGCAGGGAGGAGAGUUUCACAGACCAGUCGGGUGCUGAUGGAGAUCCUCAUCUUGUCCAACAAACAGCUGAUGAUUCUGCCUUGAGACAAAUUCAUCCUUCAUUUCCCUACAAUGAUAAAACUGGUCUCCCUCACAAAUCGCCAGAUUCAUCAGAGGGUUUUGAACACUCUGGAAAACAUUCUGUAAGUCAUUCAAGCUCUGGAAGGUCAGAGGUCAAGAGUUCAAGGAUUAGUCCUGAAAUAACUGAGGUCAUUAGACCAGCAGUGAACAGUAAAAUGUUAGAAGUGGAUUAUGAUAGAUCUCGGGACAGUUCUCGAUCUAGAGAAAAUUCUUAUAGGUCAGAGGUAACAUCUGAUAGAUCAAAUGUCAGUUCUGAUAGAUCAAGGGUAAAAUCUGAUAGGUCAGAGGUCAAAUCUAAUAGAUCAAAUGUCAGUUCUGAUCGCUCAGGGGUAAAAUCUGAUAGGUCAGAGGUCAAAUCUAAUAGAACAAAUGUCAAUUCUGGUCGAUCAGGGGUCAAAUCUGAUAGGUCAGAGGCAAGAUCUGAUAGGUCAGAGGUCAAAUCUAAUAGAUCAAAUGUCAGUUUUGGUCGUUCAGAGUUAAAAUCUGAUAGGUCAGAUGCAAGAUCAAAUAAGUCAACAGUGAGUAGAAGGUCAGAGGUCAGCCCACAUAGUGACAGGAGAGAACGAGAUGACAGCAUGGAUGAAGAACUAAGUCCAGCGUCAAUGACACCAAGACGGUACAUGCGGGAAUCGUCGGUCCUAACCAAUGCCACCUCAGUAUGGGACAGCUUCUCCUCUGCGACAGAUUAUAUUCCGGGCAACAAUCCAGAGACCAUUACAGAUGAUCCAGACACUUUGAUGGAAAUGAGGAAAAGUGUUUCUAUGGAGUUGCUGUGGGUCCAGCAGGCCAUCAAUAGUCGCAAAAAUUAUUUGAAGAUAAAGGACCAAAUGAAGAUACCUGUUUCCACCACCUGAUGUCAUAGCUGAGAAUUUACACUUAUUGACAUUGGUGCUCUUACUAUUGUUAGGGUUAUUUAUAAUUAUCAGAUACAUAAGUAUAGGUUGGAUAUGUCAAAAACAAUUGUACAAAUUCAGAGUAUAAGUGGGCCCCUCAAAAUAAGUAGGUCUGAGUGGAGGGGUCACAAGUCUGAGCCCUAAUAUCUUUACAAGGCAGGGCACCACUUGUUAUACUUUGGGUAUGUUUUGAGAUUUGUACAUUAUUCUGAUGACAGCCCACCUAGAGGGCAAAAGAAACAUGUAAAAUGGAUGAAGGAUAGAUUGCCCAGACUCCAUUUCAUGUUUUCUGGUCAUCUCUAAUGAACAUUUCGAUCAGACUAGUGAAUUCCAUUUAGGAAUCCAUCAACAUGGAUAUGCUUAACUUCACUGACCAUACUACUAGCACACAUUGGAUAUCAUACUCCCUUGUAAUAGUGUCACCCCUAUAGUUAGUUUAUCCUUACGUGGUAUUCCAAUAGCAUUGUAAUAUUUCUUUUUGUUUCUUGUCUAUUGCAUAUUGAUUGUUUUAAAAAAUACAUAUUUUUUUAAGAUAACAGAUGUAAUUCUUUCUAAGUCUCCAAUGUCCAUAUACAUAAAAUGUAUCAUUAAAUUGGUAAGCUCACUGAUUAUAUAGAUAAUAUUGUACAAUAUCACACCUUCAUAAAGUCAACAUUUUGCUGUGUGAGUGUUACAUUUGACUGUUUUGUCCAGUUAUGACCAUAUACGUGUAUAUGAACCUGCAAGUAAGAAAAAAAUGAAUUCCAAAUUAAUACAGUACCAUUUUCAAAAUCUGCUUUAUUUUCUAAUUUCCAAAUAUAUAUAUAUUUCUAGAAAGUAUUCUUGUGUAUUUAGGUUGAUUAUUAUUAGGUUUGUGUAAUACCUGUUUCUGAAAGUAUGUUAAUUGUAAACCAGAUGCGAUAGAGAGAUUACUAUUAAUAGAAUAAACAAAAUUAUUACAGGUGAAAUUUCUUUAUUUCUUUCUUUCUUCUUCUUCUUUCUUUACAAGGAUCAGACUCAAAGGUUUGAGUGCACUUGAUCCUAUUUACGUAAAAUCCAUGUUGUUGAGUUUGUUCAACAUGAUAAAAGUUACAUUUUCAAUCUCAGAUUUAUUCAAACUUGUCUUGUGUAUUAAAAAGAUACACAAAAGUACUUUUUAAAAUGACCUACCGGUAUAUUUUGAAACAAAAUUGUCUCAGAUCAAAGAAUAUUGUAAAACAACAACUUAGAAAUCAGCGUUUUUGUACAUAUAUCAUAAAUUAUUACAAGUUUUACAUAUAUUUAUAGUGCUUUGAAAGUUAUUUUGUAAAAGACACAUUGUUAUUGUAGAAAUCCCAUGGGUUUUUUUAUGAAAAAUUGUAUAUACAUCUGUACUAUAUUAAUGAUUUAAAUAUGAAUUAAAUAUUAAAUGAUUACCAGUAUGUGUAUGAGAGUUCCUCACUCAUGUUAUAUGAUAGAUAUGGUGUUGACAUUGCAUAUGUAUGAAGACUUCUUAUUUUCAUAGAUUUUGUGACAAGAUCUUAUUGUUAGUAUAUGAAUGAAAAUGGUCUAUUUUAUCUAUACAUAAUUACACAUUGUUCAGUACUUGUGCUAAAACAGGGUCUAUUUUAUCUAUACAGAAUUACACAUUGUUCAGUACUUGUGCUAAAUCAGGGUCUAUUUUAUCUAUACAGAGUUACACAUUGUUCGUACUUGUGCUAAAUCAGGGUCUAUUUUAUCUAUACAGAGUUACACAUUGUUCAUACAUGUGCUAAAACAGGGUCUAUUUUAUCUAUACAGAGUUACACAUUGUUCGUACUUGUGCUAAAACAGUGAUAGAAAUUGUUAAUUCCAUCAAACUUGCCAACUUUUUGAAAUUUUCAUGGGGUAGGUUAUGCUUAGGUUACAGCACAGAAUUGAAAACAAAAACAAAAGAUGUGUAUAUACCCCAUGGGGAAAAUAUCACUUUUAAAUGGCAUCUUCUGAGCUAUUCUUUCAGAUGGAAUCAUAAGUUCUUAUAAAAUAGGAAGAUGCUCAAUUUAAGGGUCUCCUUCCAAAAUACGGAGAGUUGGCAAGUAUGAAACAUGCUUAUUUAAAUUUGAAAUGUUUGAUAGUCAUUUAGGUGCGUACUAUAUGCACUAGAAUAUAAGCAUUAAUGUUUAAGGAAAGUGAUACCCCACCACCCCCCCUUCCCCUCUUCCUGUGACUUUACAUUAGCAACAUUAAAUUAAAACCUGACCAUCACCCCAUCCCCUGAGUAGUUACUGUUAUCAUAAAUAUGAAAGGGACCCAGAAGCUAUAAUAGGAAAUAAUCAUGAGACAAACAAUAGUCAACACAUGUAAAAUCUCAUGCAAACAAUUGAAAUUGGUAAGUAUGGCAAUGGUUUGCAACAAAAAGUCUUUCAUGUUCAAUGAAAAUGAUAUCUGUAAAUAAAUAUAUUUACAUGUUUAUUCAAUAAAACAUAUGUACAGUAAAACAGUUAUGUUUGAGACAAAU